UCUGGCCCCGCUCACCACCGCACCUCAUCUCCCCUCAUUACAUGCCCUGCUGCUGCCUUCCUAAGUGCAUACGGCGGCGCUGCGGCGCUGGUAGCUACCAACCGGGUCCUGCCUGCCAGGUUGCAUGGGCCUUCUCAGCGCCCGUUCCCUCCCCUUCUCGCGCUGGCGGAGGUUAGACGUAUCUGACACUCCACGUCUCCUCCCCCACCUCCCCUCGUACUUCUCUCACUCUCCCUCCCUCUCUCUCUCCCCUUUUCUCCCGCCCGCCCUGCUUCCUCGACUCUGCUCGGCCAACACCACCGCCUCCGCUCGUCCCUGCGUGGAUUUCGUCACCACGUCCUAUUUCUCUCCUCCUCUCGCCUAUCUCGUCGCUUGAAAAGGCGGCGGUCUCGUGCACCGGAUUUCCUGUUCGGAUUUCCUGGGACACUGAAUGUCCCCCUUGCACUCCUGAGGCUCGACAGCUAAUCGUACCUGUGUCGUCAAGCAAAGGCGAACAAAAUGGAGGAAGACGCCCCUCCUCCCACCGAGACCGGAGUUGUCUUGACCCUUAUUUCGCGACCUACUAGCUCUCACACCGUCGACAUUCCUGAGCGUCAAUUUGUUCUCAGCCGCAAGAACCCCUCCCUAUCUAUCGGCCGAGCAUCCAAGGUCCCCACCAAGGGUUUUGUCGCCGCGGCAGAUAACGCCUGGUUCGACAGCCCUGUAAUGUCGCGGCGCCACGCCCAAUUUAUUCUGGACCUUGAGAAUGCGCCCAAGGCUGUGUUUGUCAAAGAUAUCGGAUCCCUUCACGGCACCUUCCAUACCCCCAACGACUUGCUCCGAAAGGAAACGAGACUAGAACCGCAGACGGCUGUGAAGCUGUCCAAUGGUGACUGCCUCCGGUUCGGAAUCGACGUGUUUAGGUCUAAGGAAACCUAUCCUCCAUGCUCGGUGAAUGUCUACAUUAUGGAGCAGGAAAAUACGCAGUGGGUUGACGACGCUACUCGUAAUUUUUCGCUCAACACUGACCACUUCACUAGGCAACAGCUCUUGUCAUCGGAAGUCAGCCAGACUACCAACCGCGUCUUCACUGUACCUGAUGACGACCUCGAUGAUGACCUCGAUGAUGACCUCGAUGAUGACAUUGAUGAUGAGGAUGAAGAUGGGGAUGGGGCAGACGACAGCGUUAUCAUGCAGGAGACGCCACCCCAACGCCCUAGUCAAGUUAAUCCCCGCCCUGGCAUAUCAAUCGACCUUACUCGGGAUGAGAUUGACUCGGAUGAGGAUAACAGAUAUCCAUCCAGUAUGAUGGCUCGCGUCAAUGCCAACCCGGACAUAAUCGACCUUACCUCGGAACCCGGCCAAGAUGCAGACUCCAAUUUGGAUGUAGCCACGCUUGCCCCGACGGCCACGUCGGUCGUACCCAUCGUGCUGGGCCCGCCCGUGAACACUGAAUUAUCGGAGAAGCCCUCCAGUGCUGAUGUCCCGCCCGGUGAGGCUCCUAUCCAGUGCGGACAUCGAACCUACGAGGAACUCGAUGAAGAAAUGGGUAACGGAGAUAUCGAGUUAUCUGAUUCGGAAGUUGGUUCGUUGCCGACGACCGAAGAAUUUGCCACCGAUGAUACGAGUGAUGAGGGAGACUAUAUGGAAGAGGAGGACGAUUCUCUUCUAGAUUUGACUAGUGGGGGUUCGGACUGGGACGAAGUUGACGAGAGCCAGCCAUUCGCGCCCCACGCUGAUAGCGACGAUUCUUCGUCCAGCGACGGGACAGAUAUCCUAUCGAACGAAGACUCUCCGGCCCCUGGUUUAUCUCCACGUUCCUCGCCUGUUCCACAGACGCCGAAAGAACCUGCCGCCAAAAGCCUCGUGCCCAAAGUUUUUGAAGGCGAGCAGUGUUCGCCCGUUUUUGUCACGCCAUCCUUAUUUUCGGAACUUGCGGAGCGUAACACGUCGACUUCUCAACCCAGAGAGCCGAGCCCUUCGGAUGCUGCGAUGUUUCAGAGCCGUCCUGCCCUCACGCGAAUCCCAAGUAGCCAUAGAGCUCAGGCUCUUGGCGAGAAGUCAGGAAAAUAUCAGUAUUUCGCGGCGAGGGAGAGCAAUCGCAUGGUUAUAGACCAGUUUUCUAACCCACCUGUUUCGGCCAUUCGGGAAACACUCUCCAACAACGCAAAUCAGCAUGCUGCUGGUACGACCUCAGAAACCGUUGCAGGCCCAUGGGAUGAAUUUGAUCCAUCCACAACGAUGCUCACCGGAGAGUCUGCUGAUAUUACCCACGUUUCGCUGAAAGGUCCACUCCAGACUAGCACCAUUACAAGUGACGAUCUUAAAACUGCUCCGGUGGUACAAGACUCGGUAUGGUCGGCGUCUGGGGAGCGGUUCAUCAACAAUCCGCGAAACGAAGACCUUGCUUGGGCCUGGCCCGAGAGACCCCAGAGCCCAGAAUUAGAUAUGACCAGUGCAUAUGCGUUCCAACAAAGCAAGCUGGCAGCCGACAGUAACGCCACCCAGGGUCUCCGCCGGGUCGGCAUCCAAGAUUUAUUGACGCAGGAGCCCAGGGGUCGCCAGGGUGCGUUCACUGGUCUUAAUAUGAAUGACGACGUUUCGGUCCCGACUCAUUUUGCUAUGGGUACGGGCCCGCUUAACUUGAAGCGGACUUUCGAAGAUGCCUUCAGCAAUGAUGAUUCAACCCGACAAGGUGAUGCGCGUCUCCGUUUGGAUGAAAAGCCGGCUCGGGUGCCCCCAACUCAACAAACACAUGAUGUGCCCCAUGCCGAGGUGGAAGAGGUUCCUGGUGUGUCCGACACACAAGCUACUAUCCCAAGCGCUGACAUAGCAGUCCUCGACACACCGGUGCCCGACACGGCAGUGCGUCACGUCCCUGUCCCCACGAGACCAAUUAAUGUCCAGCCCUCCAAGAGGCGUCGGCUGGUCCAAGCAGCGGCCUGUGUUGCCCUCGGCGGUGCUGCUGCAUUCACAUUCAUGGUCUCUACGGCGCCCGCCCUGUAG